UGCUAAGAAAUAUACCUGGAAUUUGUUCUCAAAUAGGUACAAUUUUUGGAAUGCCGAAUGCGAAUACUAUCAAGACAUCAAUAGGGAGUCAAUGAUGAAUCUAUUGGAUAGCACAUCUGAUCAAGCAGACUUCCAAUUAAUAGUCCUCAUCGUCACUACUAUAUACGCGAUCGUAUGCUGUGUUGUGUUAGAAAUAAUUUCUCUAUGUAUGAUAUGCCAAAAGGGCAAGGAGAACUCAAAAUUUCAGAUGAUCUCCUUCGGAACUGUCUUAGUCUUACUCCUAGUCCUAACCUACCUGUUCUGGAACUGUGUCUCUAGUUCAAAUGGAUUUGAGAAGGAAAUGACUGAGAUCAGAGAGACUGAAUGCUCAAGCAACUAUGACAAUCUCAUGUUCAAGAACUACGGUGAUACCUUGGUCAGUGGCAGAAGUUAUAAUUACUGGGGAAUGAUAUUGGCAGCUCUUUCUUUGGUUCUUACUUUGCUUUAUGUGAUAUUUCAAGUAGUCAAAAACAACUUAUUCUCUGUCCAGAAAUAA